AUGGCCUUUGGCACGGAGGCUGUUUUGCCAAUUGAGACGUCAAUACCAUCAGGAAGGGUCAAAAAUUUCGAUGCCACAACCAAUGGGGAGGGUCUCCGUUUGAACAUUGACCUCAUCGAGGAGAAAAGGGAGCGAGCCGAUCUACACAACCAAGUUUACAAGCAGCGAGUUGCACGCCACUAUAAUCACAGAGUCAGGACCCGGACGUUGGGACUGGGGGACUGGGUAAUGAAGAAAAUCAUGACCAAGCCGGCAGCCCUGGAUCCGAGUUGGGAAGGGCCAUACGUGAUACUGGAAGAGGUCGGUCCAGCAACUUUCUUCCUCCGGGAUCAGGAUGGGAUUGUCACUGGACGCCCUUGGAAUACGGAGCACCUGAGAUUCUAUCCAGUGUAA